AUGUUUGAACGAUUACGUUGGGACGCUUCAGAAACUGAUCCAAAGAUGGAAAGGGAAAAUUUAAUUAGAGCGCUGCAGGCUACUACUUCUUCAAUAAAUCAGAAAGAGGCAGCUGCAUAUCUUGAACAGAAUAUGCGAUUAGUAGGCUUUACUCCUCUUUUACUUCAUAUCAUUAUGGAUGAGAGAGUUGACUGUUCUGCUCGUCAAGCAGCUGUUAUUUAUUUGAAGAAUGUCAUUAACAGACACUGGAUCAUGGAUAAAGAUGAUAAACAAUCAUUCGGUCUUCCUGAACAAGAUAAACAUCUUAUUCGUGAGCUUAUCAUAGAUGCCAUUGUAGCUUCACCCGAAGCUGUCAGAGUUCAAUUAUGCACUGCAGUUGGAAUAAUCACGAGGCAUGACUUUCCAAAAAAUUGGCCACAUUUGCCUCAAAAAGUUGCAGUUUUAUUACAUUCAGUGGAUGGACCAUCUUGGCUAGGAGCUCUUUUGGUUAUACGACGUUUAGUGAAACUCUAUGAAUAUCGCCGAGUGAAAGAGAAAAAACCGUUAGUAGAAACAAUGAGCCUGCUGAUGCCAAUGCUUCUUGAACGUCUCAUCACUCUGAUGCCCGAUGCUUCCCAAGAAUCUUGCUUGCUUCAAAAGCUUAUUCUGAAAAUAUUUUAUGGGCUUGUUCAGUUUUCCUUGAAUUUGGAAAUGUUUACUAGUCAGUCCUUGACACAGUGGUUAGAGCAAUUUCGACUAAUCAUUGGGAGAGCUGUACCGGAAGAAGUGAACACGGUUGAUGAAGAUGAUCGUGAAAGAACAGUGUGGUGGAAAUGUAAAAAAUGGGCCUCAGCAAUUGUUGAGCGUAUUUUUGAAAGGUAUGGAUCCCCAGGACAAGUGCAACUGAAUUAUUCGGAAUUUGCGGAAAAUUAUAUGACACACUUUGCAAUUCCAAUUCUGAACACAUGUUUGCAAGUUCUGGAUGGUUAUAGAAAUGGGAAUUAUGUGUCAUCUCGAGUGUUACAUUCACUACUGCAAUACAUCGAUAUAGCCAUUUCACAGUCGCGGACUUGGAAAAUCAUCAAGCCUCACUUUCAGGGAAUUGUGCGUAGCGUGCUCUUUCCAUUAAUGAAAUAUUCCAAUGAAGAUGAGGAAUUGUGGAGCGACUCACCAGAAGAAUUUGUUCGCAUGAAAUACGAUGUAUACGAUGAGUUGCACAAUCCGACAGUUGCAGCAGCAAGCGUGCUAACUAGUUUUGCAAAGAGGAAAGAUAUGUUGCAACCCAUAUUGGAGUUUGCGUUAACCAUGCUUAGUAAUCCAGAUGUAAAUCCACGCGAUCAAGAAGGGGCCUUGCGCAUUCUGGGAGAACUUUUUGUUGCUUUAACGAAAAACAAGAAGUAUAGUAGUGCUGUUGAUGAAUUAGUUGAGAGAUUUGUAAUUUCGAGAAUUGCUCAUCCAAUACGAUUCAUACGUUCCCGAGCGUGCUGGACUAUAAGGCAGUUUGCCAGUGGUAAGCUCUCUGGGGAUCGGAUAACACAUAUUUAUGAAGAGUUGGUAAAAAGACUAGCUGAUGCUGGCGAGGAAUUACCUGUGAAAGUGGAAGCUGCAAUUGCUAUACAGCAUAUGUUGGAAGCACAAACAAAAUAUCGUUCAGUAUUAAAGCCUCAUGUUCAUGCGGUCAUCAUCGAAGUACUGCGACUUGUGGCUCGAGCUGAAAUAGAAGAAAUGACAAGCGUUAUGGAAGUAUUGUUGGAAGAUUUCGUCAAAGAUAUUAUACCUAUCGCCGUUGACGUUGCAACGGAAUUGGCAAUAACUAUUAUGGGCAUUUUGACUACCUUGGGAUCAGUGUUGGAUAUGGUGGAAGACAAUCAAGAUGUACUUUAUCAUAUCGAAGAACAAGUGCGUAGGGUGAUUAAAUCUGUUCUGGACCGCGAGCAGAUCGAUGUCAUGCCUGUACUGCAUUCAUAUUUGACAGUGGAUACCGAUGGUUUUCUGGCUCGUCCAGAACGUCUCAGAGCUUUCGUUGAAAUUGCUGUGAAUAUGUUUAGUGAAGAUAUGGAGGAAACUGACCAGGUACAUGCAGCUAAGCUGCUCGAGUGCCUUAUUCUCGAAUGUCAGGGUAAAAUCAACAAUUUAGUACCAGAUCUCAUCCAGUUAAUUCUUACUCGAUUACACCAGCCAAUUGAGGACUGCAAAACUUUGAAACCCGCACUUCUUUUGGUUGUGAUAGCCGGUUUGUAUUACGAUACAGAUAUGUUUGUGAACUUGUUACCUCAACUGCAACCUCACGGAACUAAUACGUUAAAUUACUUGGUCAACGAGCUUUUAUCACUAGCACACUGUUUAGAAGGUGUUCACGAUCGUAAAAUGGCUGUAAUAGGUUUAUGUACUAUGGCAAGACUGUCUGCUCUCCAUAGACCUACUCUAAUUGACGAAAAAGCGCAGCAGAUCAAUGACUUACUUGUUUCGCUUUUGAUGGGGCUUCAGAAGGCAAUGAAAGUGAAAGCAGAAAAUCGUUUGGCCAACGAAAAGGAAUCUGAUGAUAAAGAAGCCGAGGAGGAAAUUGGGAGGGAUGAAGACUUGGCAGAUAGCGAGGAUGAGAUAGAUGAAGAUGUUCUUGAAUAUCUAGAAACUCUGGCGGAACAUCAGAAUAAGAAAGAAAGAGGAAGUGACGCACAAGCGUUCGAAUCAGGUUCAACAUCAAUAUCAGAUAGCUGGGAUGAAGAUUCCAUGGAAGCAUAUUUUACUCCUCUCGAUAAUGAUGAAACUGCCGACGUUUUUAUUUUUUAUAAGGAAACACUUGAUGCACUGAGGACAAGUAAUGAGAAACUUCUCCUCUCUAUGACAACAUGUAGUAAUACGGAAAAACAAGUAAUACUGGACGGAGUACUGCGGGUGUGUGAACAGCGAAUGUCGUUGGCGAAGAGUAGAAAAGUGGAGCAGCAGGGAGGAUAUGCCUUUAAUGUGGAUGCACCGGUACCGGAUACUUUCAAUUUUGCCGCUAAAAACAAUAACAUUUAG